AUGCCCACACCAACAACGCGUACUGAUGCGUAUGCGUCUGCGACGUCCUCAUCGCUUGACCCCAAUCUCCUGGCUCCACAAGAUGCGCUCUAUACGUCCGCAGCUAGCGCCGCCUUGAGCGCGAGGAAGCGCAGGCAGAGGGCGCGUAGUUCAGACCGCAGGCAGAAGGGUCAGUUCAAGAAGUUGCUAUGGUUCAAGCAGCCUUUCCCUGACAAUUACACGGACGAGAGGACGUUCCUCGAUCACCUCCAGCGCAACCCCCGCCUACAGCCCUACGAGUUCUGGUCGCUCAUGGCUGAUUCGACCGUCAUUGUGCAGCAUGUUGCUUCUGUCGGUAUCUUCUGUUGCUGCUUCGUUGCCAUCUACAUGGAGCGGGUGUCCCCAAUAUCGGUCGUAAGCUGGGCGAGCUUCGGCACCUUCCUGGCUUGGGUAUUAUGGGACUACUGGAUGGGUCAGGAAGAGGCAAACACUACAGCCACCGUUGCCAGUGUUCCACAUGAGAAGGCCAAGCUAUCAAGCGACAAUAUCACGGAAUCGGACGAAGCGGAAGGAGCAACCGGGAAGGAGCAACCGACGGCAGGGCAUUCACCAUAUCCUCCGAACGUUGACCCAACCUCGUCAUUAUCUCCCCGUAACCAACAACGGCUGGCGACUGCACGAUCGGCGCUGCUUAUCUAUGCUGCCUUAUUGGGGUUAAGCCCGAUCCUCAAGUCGCUCACAAAAUCCACAACAAGUGACUCUAUCUGGGCGCUGAGCACAUGGCUGCUUUUCACGAAUGUUGCAUUCUUUGACUACGGGAGUGGAAGUGGUGCUCAGUGA